AUGGAUAUGGAGUCGAAUCCCCUCUUCGACCUCCACCCUGCCGACGCCGGUUCUGAUUCUUCAUCCUCUUCCUCUGUCAAGAACGCCUCGCCUGCCGUCGCCCCGCCGCCGGCGGCCGUUCUGCAAACCGUCAACAUCAAAUCCCACAUCCCUGUCGAACUCGACAUUGUUGAGUCCAACUACAUCGAGUGGCGCUGUUUCUUGAAUGCUUUCAUCGGCAAAUUUGCCCUCGAGUUUAGGAGCUUGGUCCAGGGCAACAUGGACAUCAUGACGUACACCGGCCACAUCAAGCAGCUCGCCGACGCUCUGCGCGAUGUCGGUCAGCCUUUGCGCGAGACCUCCCAAGUUCUCAACAUGCUCCGUGGCCUCAGCCCCAAGUAUCGCCACACUGUUCCCGUGAUCACUACGAAGAACCGUCCUCAUACCUUCCUCAUGGCGUGUUCGUACAUGCUCUUGGAGGAGCAGUACGAUCGGGAACACGCCAAGGCGGCUCAACACUAUGCCCUUCUAGCCAAUGGCGCCGUGUGCUCACCCGCUUCUCCAUCUCCGGCCGGCGAUGGUGGUUUCCACUCAGUCCCCAAGCCCACGCCGACGGUUCCUGGAACAGCUCCACGGCCUGAUCGUGGGUACAAGAAGAAGGGUCGUGGGCGCGGCUUUGGUCCGCCCAGCGGCUCCAGUCCCAGCUUCGCGUCGCACCCACCGAGCGCUGCGAGGACACCUGGGCUCAAUCUAUGGACUGGUAUGGUGCAAGCCUGGCCCAUGCCGUUCCGCAUUACAGGUGACGGCGUUCUCGGUCCACAUCCCGGCGCAUAG